AUGUCGCAGGCGUCGAUGGACGUGCGUUCGGUCGGAACAUUGAUAACGUCGUUUCUGGAUGCUACAAAGCUCGUGGAGCGGCUGAAGGCCUCAAACGACACAGUAACAGACGAGGCGGUGCUCGAUCUCGAGAACUCUCUUCUUCUCGGCCCUCCGAUUGUCCAGGGCCAGUAUGAUCUGAAUUUCCGUCGGUUUGGAGAUGCGUACGAAGCGGGAGAUCAGAGCGCCCGCGAGACUCUGAAAGAUGUCAUGAUCAAUCUACAGCUCACUCUGCUGGCGACUCUUCGCAUGGCGCUCCUAGACAAUGCCCAUCCCGAUAUCCCCAGUUUACAGAUUGCGUCGGAUAAUGGCCGUUUGGAUACCCUGAUGUGCUUGUACAAGCUGGGCCAGCGCAUGGCGGCGAACCCUGUUCCCGCGUCGCUUGCGGGAAAACGCUCGAAGCCGAAUAUGGCUCUGGAGUCUACGCAGCGGAUGCCACCUUCACUGAAUACGAAGCCGUUGACGAUGCACGCGAAUCCUAUGCAGCAGCAUCCACUCCGACUGUCCCUGACGCAGAGUGAUUCGUCUUAUGAUACGCGCAAUUACCUGUCUCCCACUUCUCCAGCCAGCGACAUGUCUAUUACGACCCCCAUAUCGCCAUUUAGCCCCUUCCCCAAGGAUGCGACUCAGAACAGGAACACCAGGACUGCGAGCGUCGAUUCUUCAGUCGGGAGUACUUUCAGCGGGAGCCGCUACCCGUAUUCUACCUACUCUUCUCGGGCGUCUGGGAUGGAUGCGUCGAUCCCACCUAUUCACGAAACCGAGAUUAGAUCAAGUAGUAUCUACAGCGAAAGCGUAUACAGCGAAAUAUCGACUCGCCCGUCCAUGGCCCCUACAAGCGGUGGUGCAGGAGAUGCGUCCGUCGUGCUAGGACCUACCCGGCAUGGGCCAUACGGCAGAGAAGGCGGUUCCCAAGAAACUAUACCUAAUGAGCAAGGCGCCCCUGCUUCCCGCUCUGGGUCGCUACUUUCCGGUUUGCCAAGUCGUAAGAAGCGGAUUUCGGCUUCGUCUGAUGAAAAGGAUAUAUCUGGCCCGACUUCUCGCUCCAUCUUUGGUUUCAGUCGGAAAGCCCCGUCCGCUCAAACGGAGUCUGUGCGAACGAAUUCCACCGCAUUAUCCGUAUCCACGACGGGACCAGAAAGUUCCAUUCCUACGGGCCUCUAUCUGCCUGGCGAAGAAAAUAAAUUCGCUGGUUUCUGCAAAGGCGCGUGGAAACUACAAAACGGGAUGAAAAAGGCUUUCCGGCUUGAUUUCCGGCCUUCUGGCAUGUAUCUGCAAAUUUCGACGUGGCGCUGCACAAAGUGCAUGUUUGAAGGCCCCAUGGGCCACACGCCCACCAUCAGUCGCAAUUCUCCCUCCGCAGCCAUCCAGGGUUACGCUCGCACCACACCUCUUACUGGAAGCUCAUCACAGGAUUUCGACCAGCGCGUGCGCCUCCACGGUCCCACUGGAAUCCGAUAUCGCUGGGCCUUCCUUGCCAAAAGUCAUGUUUCAGUCAGGGUUGCACCCAAAUCCGAUGAUGGAACGGAAGGCCGGUUCGCGUGCAUAUACUGCUGCGUGGAGCAGCGAGGGCCUGCGCCCAUGUUUGCGGAUAUAGAUUCAUUCAUGCAACACUUGCUGAUUCACGCUGGAUCGCUAAGUGGUACGAUAGACGCGAGGACACAACGGGUGCCGCCGCAAGAGUUGCUAGAUUGGACCAAAUGUAUCCUGGGGCGGGUCGCUACGGAGGGAGAAGGGUUUGAUAUUAAUAUUCCCACACCAGUGGCGGAGAUUGGUGGAUGA